CGUCGGUGCGCCCCAAGAUGGCGGCUUACAGUGUACUGUAGUGUACAUCAUCACACUUGAAAGCUGAAUAUCACUAUCACCCGACUGUUUAAACUCAUGAGGAGGCCGAGCAGAGAGAGCCGAGCGGGGCUGAGCUGUCGUCAGUGAAACACGGAAGCGCUUUCCGUAUGGUUUCUUCCUGCGAGCAGCCGGUCUCUGUGUCGGUGUGACGGGGGUUAUGCGAGUAUGGCCACCGACAACAGGAUCAAUUUUUGGAGGAGAAACGCAAAGGUUCCUGGAAGUGUACAACCAGUUUAUGGAGCUCAGCAUCCACCUCUUGACCCCCGAUUGCGACGCAUGUACCUCAAAGACACAAAGCCCAAGUUCAACAAUGUCAAGUCUAAAAAAGCUUCCAGCUUUCAUGAGUUUGCCCGCAGCACCAACGAUGCUUGGGAUAUUGAUGAUGAAGAGGACGAGGAAUUCCUCGGGACCUUCAACACUACGUCAUCCAUACAGAACCAACAGCAUCAAGCAGGUGACACAGAAAGUGUGGUGUCACACAGAUUGGCACCACCCAGGACAGAAGGUCCAAACCUUCAGGAGGACAUGGAGCACGAGCAAGUCAACGGCAAGGUUGUCAAGUCUAACAGUGACGCACACCUCAACACUUCCUCAGUUCGCUCCACACUGCAGAAGCAGCAGUCUCUCCCAGUUCGCCCCAUUAUCCCACUGGUGGCUCGCAUCUCGGAUCAGAAUGCGUCAGGGGCACCACCCAUGACGGUGCGGGAGAAAAGCCGGCUGGACAAAUUCAGGCAGCUACUGGCUAGUCCCAACACAGACCUAGAAGAACUCCGGAAGCACAGCUGGUCAGGUAUUCCAAGAGAGGUCCGGCCAAUCACAUGGAGACUGCUUUCUGGUUACCUGCCAGCCAACAAGGAGCGCAGAGAGCUGGUGCUGAAAAGAAAGCGAGAAGAAUAUUUCAGGUUCAUAGAGCAGUAUUAUCACUCCAGAACAGAUGAGCAUUAUAAAGACACAUACAGACAGAUCCACAUUGACAUUCCAAGAACAAAUCCUCUGAUUCCCUUGUUUCAGCAGCCUGCAGUACAAGAGGUUUUUGAGCGGAUUCUCUUUAUCUGGGCCAUCCGUCACCCAGCCAGCGGUUACGUUCAAGGAAUCAAUGAUCUGGUCACACCUUUUUUUGUUGUCUUCCUGUCAGAGUUUGUCACGGAGGAUAUGGAGAACUUCGAGGUGGCAGCACUGCCUCUGGAAACCCAGAGAAAUAUUGAAGCUGACAGCUUCUGGUGCAUGAGCAAGCUGCUGGAUGGAAUACAGGACAACUAUACCUUUGCCCAGCCUGGAAUCCAGAACAAAGUGAAAGCUUUAGAGGAGCUGGUCAGCAGGAUAGAUGAGGACAUUCACAAUCAUUUCAAGAGGUAUGAAGUGGAGUACCUGCAGUUUGCUUUCCGGUGGAUGAACAAUCUUCUGAUGAGGGAGUUGCCACUUCGCUGCACUAUUCGUCUGUGGGACACCUACCAGGCUGAAGCGGAGGGCUUCUCCCACUUCCACCUGUAUGUCUGUGCUGCUUUCCUCAUUGAGUGGCGCAAAGAAAUCCUUUCCAUGGUUGACUUUCAGGGUCUCCUCAUGCUACUGCAGAACCUUCCUACGAUCCACUGGGGAAACGAAGAAGUGGGUCUCCUCCUGGCUGAAGCCUACAGACUCAAGUACAUGUUUGCAGAUGCUCCCAGCCACUACAAGCGAUAAGCCUGAUGCUUCCACAUCAGGGAAAAUGCUGCGCUUUGACUUUUAAAAUCAAUCUAAGCAGUGAGUGGACGGACUCACGGUGUCUGAGAUGCACUUCAGGUGCUGCCUCUGAGGUGACGUAAACGAGACUGACAUGAUGUCAGGUCAGAGUUAUCAAGUUUAUCCUGUGAAAAUAAAGUCCAGUGAAUAUUACAUGGAUUUUGGGCUUACGGUGCACAUGGACCUCAGUGAAUAUGGGACUAUUUGCAGGCAGCGCUGCAUGGCAACAAAAAAGCACAGCUAUGCCACUUUGGUUUACUUAUAUUGUUUUGGUCAUUGUGUGCUUGGAAGAACACACUGUAAUAUAAUGGGAUGAUGAAUGUUUGUGAGAUCAUCCUUUUAGUCAGAACUGGUAUCUACAGAUUAUAUUUUUUUGCAUUUCUUUUUUGUUUUACAAGGGACAAUAUUGGUGUAACGCAGGUAACUGGAAUACUUUGUCAUUUUCGAUUUCAAAGAUGUCAAAGUUUAGUUUGACACUGUCUAGCUGUUAUAACUAGAACUGCGUCCCCUUCCUUUGAUAUUCUGGGUUGUAAUUAGGCGUAGGCCCUAAGAGUAGCAAAUAGUAGGUACUGUAUUUAAUUUUAGGCUGUGUUUCAGAAAAAAAACUGAUUUGUCUCAAUAUCCCUUCCUGCUCAUUUUGAAAUCACUGUGAAGAACUGGGGAAUAGGCCUGAAAUAACAACAAUCAUGGAGCUAGAAUUCUGUUUAAAAAUGUAAACAAUUAGUCCUUCCUGAACCUGGAAAUUUUAUUACAUUUUGUAAUCCAGUUUUAGAUAAGAUUGCAGGGCACGCUGCAUCAGCACUCAUGAGAUCAGCACCAGCCUGUCUGUUUUGGCCUGAGGGUCGAAGAUUUACCCAAAGUUCUGCUGAUUGUUAAGUAUUUUCAGAGAUACCUAAAAUCUGUGCAAAAUAUCAAGUGGUGAAAAACGUUUGAUUACCUCAGUUAUAGAGAUUAUUUACUAUCUAACAAUCAGUAUGUUUUAAUUGGAGGAAAUGCCUCUGUUGGUACUGAAGGUCAUCAUGCUGUUUGAGACACAGCGCAGCUCCAAAUCCGUGACGGCACGUUUGUUAUGAGCGUUGGUGAUGUACUCAUGCAGCGAAAGCUUGUGUUUUAUUUGGUUCAGGUUGGGUUGCUGUGACUUUACCCUGUCAGUAACAUGUUCCAGGAAACUGGUUAUUAGUAUGACAGUGUUUUUCUUUUUUUAAGUAUGAUUGUGUGCGUUACAACUCAUCUACCUUCAUUGCCAGUGAUAAUUAUGGUACAGCAUAUGUUUGGAAGGUAUGACAAUCAUUGCACUCAUUACAUUUUACUUUCAUAUUCUUACUGUUACAUUGACAGUUAAGGUUUGGUCAUCUGCUUCACACUUAAAACUGAUCCAUGCUGGACCAAAAGCUUUGUUACAACGUUUCGACACCCAUCUAAUGGCUGCCACCGUCGUCAACCACAGCAGACUGCGUGGAGCAGCGGUCUUCAUGAGUCUGAACCCCUUUCAAUUUAACCUGAAUUCUGAGCUACUUAAUGGCAUCAUAUUCAGGGACGUACUACUGAAGACACGAUGGUAUUUAAAAUGAAAUAGAUUCUCCUUUAUUUAUGUCAUCAGUCUGAUACACUGUUUGUCAGUCAUCGGUUUUUAAUUCCUCAAUCUUCACCAACCAUUUUGAAUGUUUUUGAGUGUUACAGUAUACCUGUAUCCUUAAAGUCACUCUCAUUCAUUCAGGUGAGCCAUAUGAUUGUGUUAUCACUGUGAUGGUAUUGUUCACUUGUUUGUUUGUUUGUUUGUUUUGUUUUAAUUUAUAGGUUAAAAAUAAUAACUAAAGCCUAACAAAAUGUGUUUUCCAUGCAGCAAAAUGCCAAAUCUUUAUCGGGACAAUACAGACUGUUUUAGAGUGCUUCAGUAGUCAGUGCUGCGUUCAGCCUUUAAAUGAAGACUUGUUAAAUUAUUACAGUCUCUACUGUAUAUUCACCUUUUCUGUUUAUAUUAAAUGAAUUGUAUUCCUCA